AUGGCGCUAAAUGUUGAGAUAGUCUCCAAAGAGAUGAUUAAACCCUCAUCUCCAACACCCCAUCACCUGAAAAGCCUCAAACUCUCUCUCUUAGAUCAGAUUGCACCACCAGUUUAUGUUCCGAUCAUUCUCUUCUAUCCUCUUCAGUUGGGCUCCAAGAUUGAUCCUACCCAAAAAAAUAAAUCUCUGAAACAAUCAUUAUCAGAAAUCCUAACACAGUUCUACCCAUUAUCUGGAAGGAUCAAAGAUGAUUUUUUCAUUGAUUGUGAUGACACUGGAGUCGUGUAUGUUGAAGCUCAAGUCCAUGCUCAACUCUCAGAAGUCAUUGCAGAGCCAAGCAUGGAGGAAUUGAAACAGUUCCUCCCUGUAGAACCUUAUAGCAGUACUGGAACUGUGAAGGAGACCCUCCUGGCCAUUCAGAUAAACUUUUUUGACUGUGGUGGGAUGGCCAUCGGCGUCAAUAUGUCUCACAAAAUUGCCGAUGGAUCGUCGUUGAUCACCUUCAUGAAUGCAUGGGCUAGUAAAUCACGUGGAGAUAGUCUAAAUUUGGGCCUUGAUUUUGAUAUCGAUUCUCCGUUUCCACCCAGAGAUUUAUCUGGGUUCAUACCAAAUGCAGUCAUAAGCAAAGAGAAGAUUAAAUCUGCAUGUUCUGGUGCUGAAUCAAUAGUGAAGGAUCCGACCCGGGUUGAAGCCGUCUCAGCUUUCAUCUGGAACCAUUUCAUGCAGGAUCCGACCCGGGUUGAAGCCGUCUCAGCUUUCAUCUGGAGCCAUUUCAUGCAGGUUGCCAAUGCCAAUGCUAAAAUGGAUUCAAAAAAGAUAUUUGCUGCAGUUCAUGCAGUGAACUUGAGGCCCAAGAUGAACCCACCUCUUUCUAAUCAUGCCUUUGGAAAUCUAUGGAGCUUUGCUCUUGCUGUGUCAAAGCCUGAGGAAGACAAAGAUUAUCAUGAUCUGGUUUUCAAGCUCAGGAGCGCGAUAAGGAAGAUCAAUGGAGACUAUGUGAAGAAACUGCAAGAUGGAGAGGAGUAUUUGAACUAUNUAUUGUUCAGUGGGCUACAUUAG